AGUUGAGUUGUUUUAGUAUAGGGUAGGAGUUAAAAAUUAAUAAUGUACUUUUCUUUUUGUGAUGUUAAAGGAGGAAUAAAUUCCAAUGAGGGUGAAAAUGUGUCAAAAAAGAAGGAGCCAUCAGAAGAAUUGGAAGCCAACACUGUGGAUUCUCUGGUAGAUUUGCCAUUUGCUACUAUAGAUAUUAAAGAUGAUUUUGGAAUCACUGAUGUACCUCAAAAAAAUUUGGAGAGAAGUAAAGGACAUGAACGGAUCAAUAAAGAUCAAAUAAAGAAGAGGGGAAAAAAGCGAAAAGAUUACCAACCCAAUUAUUUCCUAUCCAUUCCGAUCACCAGCAAAGAGAUUACAAAAGGAAUUAAGAUCCUGCAAAAUGCAAUAAUACAGCAAGAUCAGCGACUGGCCAAAGCAAUGAGCGGUGAUGGUUCCUUUCAUAUUACCCUGCUAGUGAUGCAGUUAUUAAAUGAAGAUGAAGUAAACAUUGGUAUUGAUGCUCUUUUGGACUUAAAACCAUUCAUAGAAGAAAUUCUCCAAGGAAAACCUUUGACUUUGCCCUUUGAAGGGGUUGACACUUUUGGAAAUCAGGUUGGAUUUGUGAAGCUAGCAGAAGGAGAUCACAUGAACCCACUUUUGGAGAUAGCAGAUGCUGCAAAAAGGACAUUUCAAGAAAGAGGUGUCUUGGCUGGAGAAAGCAGAACUUUUAAGCCUCAUUUGACCUUCAUGAAAUUGUCCAAAACACCAUGGCUUCGGAAGAAGGGAGUGAAAAAAAUAGACCCCACGUUCUAUGAAAAAUUUAUCAGUCACAGAUUUGGAGAAGAAGUGGUACGUCGCAUAGAUCUUUGCUCCAUGCUGAAGAAAAAACAAAGUAAUGGUUAUUAUCACUGUGAGUCUUCAAUUGCGAUUGAGAAACGUGUUUCAAGAGGAAACAAAGAUUCGUACAUAAAGAAGCUCUAUCAUCUCAUCAGGGAGAUGGCAUGUGAUGAGACAGAUUUAUACACAGUUAUGUUUCCAAGUGCAAAGUGUGUACACCAGAUGAAGAAUUUUUAAAACAGAACAGAGGUAUUUCUCAUCGUUUGCAAUGUGAAUGUAUUUCAAAGGAGCCUGAUCUGUUGUGAUUCAAAUUUACUAUUUCAAACCAGACGGUAUCCUUUUAAAAUUGUGAAUUUCAAGACAACUGAUUUGUAUACUUUUGAAGUAACAUGAAAAUAUUCAAAGAAGAUAAAUAUAUGUCUCUAAAUAUUUCAAGGUCUUCACCAAGGUAAUUUCUCUCCAUGUCGGCUUGAAGAAAACCUGUGGAAAUAUCUAUUCUGAAAGAAUCUUAAUGCUGAAGUUUAUUAAAGCAUUUUUAAAAUGUUCAAGAGACACAAUUUUAUUGCUCAGUUCUCACCAGAGAUCUUCAGAGAAGUCAUCACUUUACCUUCCAGAGAUCUUAGCUCUCUUAAACAGAAGACAUUCAGUAUGUCAUUUGAAGUUUACAUUCUCAAAACAUUUCAAGUAUAUUUUAAGGAAUAUUUUCAUGUUUUUGGAAUCUCUGUAAGAGAGCUGUCUUCCAUCAAAAUUUUGAUGAGGACCAAACAUUUCUGUCUAGAUUCCUUGUAAAAGGCAAAUUUAAAUCCUUCUGUGUAAUACAGAUUCUGGCUAGCUUUCCAUAUCUUCUCUGUAAUUACUUUAGGCUAACCUUGAAGGAGAACUCAGUGUUUCAUUAUCUCUCCCACUCCCAUUUAGGAAAAAAAAAGCAGUACGUAGAUUUUACUGGAGGUCUUGUGGGGCUGCAUUAAGCAGCUCACAGCACGUAUCACCUCCAUUGCUGUUAGACAGCUCUGUUCAGCUCCCCCCAAAUCACCAUGUUCCACCCACUGAAUUUUCUUUUAUUGCUCUUUUCCAGCUUAGUUUCUAAAAUUCUCCUUAUUCUGAGUAAUUUCUCUAGAUCUUUCCCUCAGACUUCUUUGUCUUCACCCUUUUCUAAUUCAAAGUAGUGUAGCUUCUUUCAAACUUCACCAAUCUUGUAUCCCCAUUUAACAUUAUUUACAAAACAGUUUUUGCCUAUUACACGUGCUCUGUUUUCUUCUGUCACAUUUUGUGAUGCCAGUAUGAACUUUAAAAUAAUAUCUGCCUCUAAAAUGAUAAUUAUUAUGUAAUAAUUAACCAAUUUUAAUACACACUAGAGUCUUGUAUUUGCUAUGGAUAAUUACUGAUUUUCUUGAUCUUACUGAGUUUUGCAACAGAAUAUUUAGCAGGAUUCAGGACUCUUUAUGAAUUUCAUUGCUUAAUCAGAUUUAAUUGGCUUACAUUGGUUUGGCUUCUCUUUAAUUUGAUCCUAACUCAAAUUUAAUAUCUGUUUUUUGAAUCUUGAACAUUGUGUGAUGUGCAUUAAUAGAGUGGGAUGGAUUUCAGAUCUUAAGAUACUUUGUAUUCAGAGUUCAUGAGUAGAAGUUGGUCUUCAAGGACUCUGGGAACCUCCUGAAAUUAAUUGUAAAACUUUGUAUGUAGGUACGUAUGUGAAUUUUUCUGGGGAGGGAAUUUAUUAGAUUUAUAUAUUCCAUCUCUCUUAAUUUAUUAAUGAUGCAUUCUUGGAGAGUGCUGGAUUCCAAAUCACCAAUUUUCUUUUCCGCUGUCUCAAUUAUACCAUUUAGGACAUUUUUUUUUUUUAAUACCAAUGACUGUAUGCUUCAUUUCCAAGAUUCCCAAUUGAUUUCUUUUUCAUAUUUUCCUAUUCUGUUCUUUGCUUCAUGGAUGCUAUUCCUUCAUUUGUCUCUUUGAGGAUUUCAAUAUAAUUAAUUUUUAAAGUUCUUUUCAUAUUUUGAAAAUCUGUUUCCUUGGAUAUGAAUUCUUCUAUUUGUUGAGUCUUUUGUGGCAUUUUAUUUCCUCUAAAGCAUUUGAAGUUUUUUUGAGGGCUCGUUUUAUUGUGCAUGUUUCCUCAUCAUAACCCCAUGUGUGGUUUUGCAGAUUUCUUAGCCCUAGUCCAACAGAGUAGAUUGCUUUAUGUUAAGUUAGGAACUGACACCUAACCAUCCUUGUCCUUAAGGAGUUGGAGUUCAUUCUUGUGUCUUUUACCAAUUUUUGAGGGUUUUUUUGUGUGUGUAUAAAGAUAAUUAGCCCUUUGUCGUACUGGCUUCAAAUAUUUUUCUGGUUUAUUUUGCAUUUAGUUUUGGUAACAAGGUAUUCUUCAUAUUAUAUGUUUUUAAUUUUUGUAAAAAUAUAAUAAAUUUUUGUGAUUUCUUUAAUUAUUAUGACUAGAGUGGUCUACAACCCAAUGAUUUGAUACAUUUUCUUUCAUAUUUUCUUCUUUUUUUUUGUUUUUGUUUUUGCAUUUGAGCUUUUCAUCUACCUGGUACGAUCAUUAAUUCAGUACUCAGAUGCAGAGGAUUAACAUAGAAAUCUAGUUACUAAAAGUGGGUAUGAAAUAGAGAUUUAGUUUUAGGAAAUUUGUUUAGAAUAUUUUUUCCAUCCCCCUCAACCUUCCCAUGUGUUCUAAAGAUCACACAUUAGCAGCCCUUCAUGUUGUGCUUGACUAGCACAGGGCUUUUUGAUUUGUUUUUAUAAUUUUAAUUACUUGCCAACUUUGGAGUGAUUUAAUGUAAAAAAAACCGUGGGUUUCUGCUGCCUUUGAACAAUCAGAAACAUGGCCACACUCGUUCCACUGUCUUGCGUGCAGUGAGCUGCUGGGUGGGGAUAGUAGGCAGUAGAAAAGCAGCUGCCUUUCACCGCUCCCUUUACUCUUUUACUCUUCUUUUGCAAUGGGCUUAACUCACUCACACUCCCUGCUUGGUUCCUGAAGGUAUCUGAGUUUGGAUCCCUUGCCAGAGGUCACUGUUUCCCGAGCCUUCUUAUUUCCGUUUACAUGCUAAGCAUUUUCCUAUCCAUCUUCUGCCGUCUUGCACCUUUCUGUGGGGUUGGGGAGCUUGAUAGGAUGUGGAGGCAGCAGUCAUAUGUUCAGAUCCAAGAAAAAGGUGCUGCAUUUUAAGUCUCUUGUAAUCAAAACUUUGGUUGAUAUUAUGCUUCCUUAAUAUUGGGCUAUAACUUCUUACAAGCCUAACUGCAUUAAUCAGCUAAAAUUCAAAUUUAAAAAAAAAGUGAUAAACCAGUUCCUCCUGGCGAAUCCAGGAAUGAAAUAUAGCUUGGAUAUCUAGGGUGGUGAAAGCCAUUCUCUGUGAGCUGCUCACUGGAGUUGGGAGAAUUAAUUUUUCUCAGGCAGCUCUGUUCCAUUUAUAUUUCCUUAGGGAAGGUAAUUGACUAAAUGACACCCUUUGUAAGACUGGUGAGCAAUUUAGUGCUUGCAAAGACUAGUUUACUUUCAGCUCUCAGACAUCUCUUAUAGAAGGCAGUGGGGAAUUUGGAAAGGUCUAGAGGGUUGUUUUUGUUUUUGUUUUUGUUUUUUGCAGCCCAGUGUACUACUUUCUCACUUUUUCAAGCAGAGGUAAAAAUACGGUUUUCUGGGAACCCCAGCUGUUUUCUGGCUUAAUAACAAUUAUUCACAAUUAAUUUAAUGAAUGUUAUUGAGCAUGUACAACGUGUAUACUCCUUUUGGGUAUCACGAGAUACAGAGAAGUGUAAGACAUAGCCCUUAAGACUGAUACAGAGUCGCUGGGGAGCUAAGUCUACAUCUGAGAAAUGGGGAGGACGAGGAGCGGGUGAAAAGGGCUUUGUCCAUAACAACAGUGGGCUUUGAUAGGACACAGUGGAAGAAGCUUGUGACUCUAGCUUCUAGGAUGUGGGGAUGAGGAGUAAAUAGGACGAGACAGAUAGUGGAGAAAGGACAGUGUCUGGGAACAGCAGGUAUGAUUUGCAGUGGGAGAGCAGCAGUGUAUUGGGAGUCAGGGUGGAGGGAAGAUUAGUGAUAGUAUUAAGUGAUAGGAAUAAUAGUGAUAAUGUUAGUGAUAGGAGGCACCUGGAUUGAGUCUAUGGUCUGGUUAUCUGAGGAAGCUACGAGGGUGUGGGGGCUCUGUGUGUUUACAGAGUUGGUGAGGGAGGUUGGAAAGGAGAUGGUCACAGCACACACAGAUGAGUCAGUGAAUAUGCUGUGAAGGAGACUGAGCAGCUAGAUGUGGGAUAAAAAGAGGGUGAUGUUUAAUACUCAACACAGAUGACACAGGAUUGGGUCCUAAAGAUAGACCUUCAAUUAGUUCCAGACUGAAGUAAUGAAAGGGUUCGGGCUGGGCCAGCUGUGGGCUGAAAUAAAUGCAAACAGGCCUGUGUAGAUACGGUGAUGGAAAAGAAGGGUUGUAGUAAGUUAGAGUCGUCAGAGCUAUAGUCACCAGCCUGUACCCAGUGCCAGACAGGGCAGACCAACCAGAUACCAGACUCAGACUCUAUGGGCUGAAGCAUUAUGGAGAAUUCUGAGUGAGCUGAGUCAAUGAAUUUCUUCUAUCCAGAUGUGCCCCUGCUGUUUGAGAGUCACUCUAAGGAGACUUGAACAGCUCAGACCAAUCCUGUCAGUCUUAAAAGGCUUGUCGUGGUCCAUCCGGUGACUCCCAGUGGUCCUUUGUAGGUGGUGAUUCAGCCAAAAGCAAAGCAAAGGACUUUUGGGGGUUGCAUCUAAGAAGACUCUCAGAUUUGGCUUUGGUGUCCUGAUCUUCUGUGCUCCUUUACCCUUAGGAGCCCGGGCAGAACUCCAGAAGCUCUGACUCUUGCCCGGUUUGGUAUGUAAGCCUGGGCGUUUUCUCUAUAGAAGAUAAUGCUGUCAGUGUAAUUGACCCAUUGGUUGUUGGGGCAGGAGAGGGUGGAGGGAAAAGGAAAUCUGUAGUUUCCUUACUUGGGUAAAAGGUGUGGUUAGGACAAAAAGUUUUGAGCUUUUGAGCAUCCUUAAAUCUGGGCUUUUGUCAGAUCAAUGAUAAGUAAUAAAUAUCUAAAAUAUUUCAUUUGAAAAUGUUUGUAUUGCUUAAAUGCCAUGUGCCCACUUAAAGGUCUUCUUAGUAGAUUGGGGUAUUGGUAACAGAUAUGUGCUUAAAUGUCUGCUUUUCUCAUGUGAAU